CACUGAACGCAUCAUCAUCAUCCUCUCUUUGUUUGAAAGUGUCCUCCUCGGUGGGAGCAGAAGUCCGGCAGGUAAACGCUGGUUUUAACGGUCCGCUCAUGUCCGUGGCUCUGGAAGCAGACUCCCGUCGGGACGACGUGUUUCUGGGUCAGUUUCCGAUCCACCGRGCCUGUCGGGACGGAGACCUGCACGGUUUGAUGUGUCUGUCGGAGCAGCUGUCAAACCAGGCUCCUCUGACCGCGGAGGACUCGAGCUUCGGCUGGACUCCUCUCCACUGGGCUGCUCACUGCGGACAGCUGGAGUGCGUGGUGCAGCUGGUGCAGAUGGGCUGUGGGGUGAACACGGUGAGCAGCCGCUUCAAGCAGACGCCGGCGCACACGGCAGCGUUUGGAGGACACGCCCACUGCGUGGUGUGGCUGAGCCAGGCCGGCGCCGACAUCAACAGGCAGGACUGUGUCGGGGAGACCCCCAUCCACAAGGCGGCCCGCUCCGGCAGCCUGGAGUGUAUCCAGGUGCUGCUGAUAGCCGGGGCAGAACCACAUUUAAAGAACUCCAGUGGGCAGACAGCAGCAGACCUGGCUCAUGCUCAUGGCUUCCAUGAGUGUUUCUGCUUCAUCUCCAGCGCUCGGACUGGCCUGCAGCAGCUCAGGGGGCUCCAGCUGAACUCGGACCAGAACGGGGACUGUGGUGGUGCCCCCUGUGGUCAGGGUCUGGUCUACAGGAAAAGGCAGCUUCCUGUUAAAGAGGCCUGUCACAUGAAGAAACCCAGGAGAGCUGAAGCAGUGUUGGUGCAGCAGGUGGUCCAGACCAGCCCAGCUCAGGAGGACUACAUGAACAUGGACCUCAGCUCAG